GCUAGAGCUGUACCGAUGCUGUUUUUCAGAGUUGACCUCUGGAAUGCCAGUAACCUGAAGUUUGGAGAUGAAUUCCUGGGAGAACUAAGGAUCCCGUUGAAAGUCCUGCGGCAGUCCAGCUCCUAUGAGGCGUGGUACUUCCUGCAGCCCCGGGACAACGGUAGCAAGAGCCUAAAGCCAGACGACCUGGGCUCCCUGCGGCUGAACGUGGUGUACACGGAAGACCAUGUGUUUUCUUCUGACUAUUACAGCCCUUUGCGGGACCUGCUGUUGAAGUCUGCUGACGUGGAGCCCGUGUCAGCGUCCGCCGCCCACAUCCUGGGCGAGGUUUGCCGGGAGAAGCAGGAGGCGGCCGUCCCGCUGGUGCGGCUCUUGCUACACUAUGGCAGGGUGGUGCCCUUCAUCAGUGCCAUCGCCAGCGCGGAGGUGAAGCGGACCCAGGACCCCAACACCAUCUUCCGAGGAAACUCGCUGGCGUCCAAGUGCAUCGACGAGACCAUGAAGCUGGCGGGGAUGCAUUACCUACAUGUCACCCUGAAGCCCGCCAUCGAGGAGAUAUGCCAGAGCCACAAACCCUGUGAAAUAGACCCCGUGAAGCUGAAAGAUGGAGAAAACCUUGAAAACAACAUGGAGAACCUACGGCAGUACGUGGACCGCGUCUUCCACGCUAGUGGUGGUAGUGUUGGAGAAGCCGGGGCUCCACUCCGGCUGAUGCUGGCUGCUUCGAGGUGCACGCAGAUCUCUUUCCACACGCGCUUCCAAUCCUGGCCACUGGCCCACACCCAGCCGGGAAGGCAGGCCAGGCCAGUGGGGAAGGGCCGAGCUCAGCCUGGUUUACCUCAGCAGGGAGGGGCCUGGGAGCGCUGGAACCUGGACUCUUCUGUGCUGUCCCUGCAGCUUCAGAAGAAAAGGCUUCUGAAAAUAAACCCAGAGAAGGGCCAGAAAAAUGAGGACAGGAAGGGAGUGCAUGUGAGGGGAGGUUCCUAUGAGAACAGAUGGAAAGCAGGACUUCUGACCUGGAAAGGUCCUGGCAAAGACAGCCUCGGAAGCCGAGAACCAGGGAGAUUGGAAAGCACAGGCGUCUGA